AUGCAGGUUGACGUGUUGCUCCUUUUUACACCCGCUCCAUCCAUAGUAGAAGCACCACCAGAAUCAGCACCACCAGCAGCAGCUGAGGGGGGUGAAGGCGUCGGUGCUGCCCCUCCUGUCAGCACCUCUCCCCAGCUCCGCCUGCUGCUCUCCUUCCCCGCCUGGCAAGGCUGCCUGCAGGGCGAGGGGUGCGCAGCGGUGCAGAGCGCGGAUCCGAGCUUGGAUGAUGCGUGCUGCUCGCUCUCCCUCCUUCCCCACCUGCCCAAUGCUGCUGCCACGCCAGGAGAUGACGCCACAGAUAGAGACACAGCCGAUCCGGGGGUGCAGGGGGAGCAAGGAGUGCAGGAAGAGCAGGCGAUGAGACAGGUGUGGUUGCUGGUAUCUGUGUCACACAAUGGGUUGGUGUGCGUGCGAGAGGUGGCGCUGGUGCCUAGGCGGGGCAGAGGGGAGCCUGAGAGUGUGGGGGAGGGAGAGAGAGGGAGUGGGAGGGGGGAGGAGUUGGAGGAAGGGGAGGAGUUGGAGGAGGGGGAGGAGGUGAGUGAGGGUGAGGAGGAGGGAGGAAGAGAGGGGGUGGGAGAGGGGCAAGAGGGGAGAGUGGAGCAAGAUGAGGGUGCAGAGUGGGAGGCGGAGCAGCGGCUGGUGCGACGGUUUGUGGCGAUUGCACCGCGCAAGCCAUCAAAGAAGAAGAGGAAGGGACAGGGUGGUGCUGAGAGUGACGUGGGUGGCGAGUCAGGCGCAGGAGGGGGCUCAGGUGAUAUGACUGCUGCUGCUGGUGCUGGUUUUGCCAUUGGUGGUGCUGCUGCGUCUGCCAGCGGUACAGGUGGUGUGGGUGCGACAGGAGGGGGAGCAGAGAGGCCUCGUCUCCUCUGUGCUGCUGUCGACCCCACCGGAGCCACCAUUGCCGUUGGCGGUGGUACAGGUGGUGUGGGUGCGAUAGGAGGGGGGGCAGAGAGGCCUCAUCUGCUCUGUGAAGCUAUCGACCCCACUGGAGGCCCCAUCGCUGUUGGCAGGUCAGUGCUCUCCCCUUCUGUCCUCCUUUCAUUUUCUCUCCUAUUCUCCGCUUCUCCUCCUUCUGUCUCUCUUACUCGCCCUGCCACCUUUACUCCUCGUCUGCUCUAUGCCGCUGUCGACCCCGCUGGAGCCACCAUCGCUGUUGGCGGGUCAGUCAGUGCUCUCCUCUCUUAUCCGCCUUCUUCUACUCGUUGUCUCGCUUCCGCUGCUUCUCAAUCACCUCUCUCUGACUUCUUUAUUCACUCCUCUCUUACCCUCAUCGUUUCUUUCCAUUAUGAUGCCCCAAUUCCUUCUCCAUGCCCUAACCGUCUUUCUUCACCCCUCGCUGUCCCCUCACGUGUUUUUGUCAUCAAUAUCGCGCCUACCCUGACUGUGAAACUCACUACACUGCAGGAGGGUAGCGGACCUGACAAUGUGGCACCUCUCUUGCCCAAUUUUCACCCUCCUUAUCAUCACUUCUUCUCUCCCUCUCACCCCUUCUGUAUGACAUCCAUCCUGAAGGACGCGGACCUGACAGUGUGGGACUUUCAAACGUGUUCACUCAAGUGGAAGGCCAAGAUGGUGGGUGCACUUGCCUCUCUCUGCCUCCCUCCCUCCAUUUCCCUUGUUUUCCUUCCUUCGCCUUGUGUUACCCCUUCUGCCUCCCCUUUUUCUAGAUCUCCAUUCUCUGCAUACUCCUCCCAUAUCCCUCUCCAAACUCUCCCACGCCCUUGCCCGCACAACCACGUGAUAGCGGUGUGCCACGUCAGCACAUGCCACCCGGCGUGCCUCGUCACCGCCUGCCAGGACAACUCGUUACGAAUCUUUGAUCUCCUUUUGCAGCCGCGCCCCCUCAGAGUCGUCUCUCUGGGCUCCGUGCCCAUCCGCUCGCUUGCUGCUGUCUGGCCCAACCGUGGGGGUGCGGAGGAGUGA